UCACAUUCUCACCUUCUUCUUCCUAGUCUCUCCAUCUCUCAAAUAUACCGUCAUCUCUUCUUCUCUUCUAUAUCUUCCAAGUGCUAUACAUACUCUUCCUCUUGAUUUCCUUUCUCCUGUAUCCCCAGAGAUAUAUAAUUAUAGAGAUAUGGUAGUGGCAUCUCCAACUAAACUUCACAGUGAAGAGCACCUGGCCAUUGAGCUUCCUACAGUAGACCUCUCAGGAGAUAGAUCAAUGGUUUCCAAUCUCAUUGUCAAAGCCUGUGAGGAAUAUGGUUUCUUCAAGGUGAAAAACCAUGGUGUUCCUCAUGACAUCAUUGCCAAAAUGGAGAAAGAAAGUUUCAACUUCUUUGCCAAACCAUUCGAUGAAAAGCAAAAGGUUGAGCUGGCCAAACCCUUUGGUUAUGGCUGCAAAAAUAUUGGCUUCAGGGGUGAUAUAGGAGAGGUGGAAUAUCUACUUCUUAAUACCAACCCUCUCUCCAUAGCUGAAAGCUCCGCUGUGAGUGCUUACAUAGAAGCAGUUAGGGAGCUGGCAUGUGAGUUAUUAGAUCUGAUGGCGGAGGGGCUGCGGGUCCCGGAUAAAUCAGUGUUUAGUAGGCUAAUCAGAGAUGUUGACAGUGACUCCCUCAUCAGGUUAAACCACUACCCCCCUAUGCCUCUGCUCUGCAAGGAUGAUGACUCGUCACCUUGUAACCAAAACAAGGUAGGGUUCGGAGAGCAUUCUGACCCUCAGAUCUUGACCAUCUUGAGAUCCAACGAUGUGGGUGGCCUUCAGAUUUCCUUAAAUGAUGGUGCGUGGGUCCCAGUAACACCUGAUCCCGCUACCUUCUGGGUUAAUGUGGGUGACUUGUUACAGGCAAUGACAAAUGGGAGAUUUGUAAGUGUGAGGCACAAAGCCCUAACCAACUCUUCCAAGUCUAGAAUGUCAAUGGCCUAUUUUGCUGGCCCUCCACCCAAUGCGAGGAUCACUGUUCCACCAGAAAUGAUUACCCCCACCAAGCCGGCAUUAUACAAGCCCUUUACCUGGGCUGAAUUCAAGAAAGCUGCUUAUGCUAUGCGACUUGGAGAUAGACGCCUUGGUCUAUUCAGGAUGGAAGGAGAUGAGCAAGUUGCUUGAUGAGUUUUUGUUUUUGUUUUUUGAUAGUCGAGUAUUAUGUAGUAAAUAUGUAAGUUCAGUGUCUCUUUCUGUACGCCUGCCCUAGAAAGAAUUUUGCCGUUGGAUAUCCUUUUCAUUGCCACUGCUUAUCACAGGAUAUCCAGAGACGGCGUUGUAGUACGGGGGAUAUGAGUAAAUGGUGCGGUAGUAUCACCUUAGUCUAGUCAUCAGUGUAAAAAACUUUCUUCUGAAUCCUGUCUAGGGGCCAGUAGGUGGCGGUUAGCUCCAUCAUGGAUUCUUUCCACAUGACGAGCAGAUGGAUAGUGAAAGCCCUACCAGGAUAAAGAUGUUAUAUGAAGGUGAAAUAAAUUUGAAUAUGGAAAAUCAA